CAUACACUUAAUCAAUCGCUUUUCUUCAUAUCGUCUUACCUGAUUUAUAGUUGAAAUGAAAAAUCGGAAUCUGUGUGACUCUACGAAAUGAUUGGAUAAUUUAACCACUUACUUGGCCUGCGGUACAAUUCAAUGGCCACUGCCACCAGCUGGCCACAACAACCAUUCUCAUCAACCCCUCAUCUUCAUCACACCCUCACCCACGCGUUCUCUUCACGAUCACCUCAUGACACAGGCGAUUUCUUUGUAUUACUCCCAUAAUUUGUGUCUUCGGCGACCGAAACUUAGGUUAGCUGGCUAUGGAGUCGUACAAGCACAGUCAUCUCCCCCAGGGAGACUGGAUCAGGCUGUUACGUUUGCAGCCUGGUAACUUCGGUGAUACCAUUGUAUGCAACCUGAUAACCACCAAUCUGCACAACGCGCCGCCGUUUGAUGCGGUCUCGUAUGCCUGGGGCAAUAAAAACAAAACCAAACGAAUUAUUAUUGAUGGUCACCACCACGAGGUCUUCUCAAACCUACACGAUGCACUCCAACACAUCCGCAAGCCCACAGACAGUAUGUUCAUAUGGGCAGACGCCGUGUGCAUCAAUCAAGAAGAUACCAAAGAGCUUGGAGCCCAAGUCAAUCAAAUGGGUGACAUGUACCGGAGAGCGGACAGUGUUCUGAUUUGGGUUGGUUUAGACACAGAGGGAGAUGCCUACGUCGCAAAACAGUUAAUCUGCGACAUGAGUGAUCAUUUCAACCAAGCUUACACGGCGCACGGCCACGUGGAAGACGUCCCUCUACUACCGCCUGAUAGCCCGCUAUUAGAUCCCUCAAGAUGGAAAGCUGCUCAGAAUUUCUAUCUCCGAGAGUGGUUUACCCGUGUGUGGGUGCUUCAGGAAGUCGGCCAUGCAAGAAAGGCCGUAUUGCUGUAUGGGACUGAGAGAUUUGGCUGGAGCCCCGUUGCGCAACUGCCGCUUUUGAUUGCUGAGCGAGCUGAUCUAGCAGCGGUGGAAGUCUAUCUAAACGUGGGAAGACUAGUCGAUGCAUUUCAAUGCAUUUGGUCCGCUGAGGCCAUAUCAGACUGUUGGGCGGACGCUAGCCCGUAUGUAAAAGACAAACGCGCUCAGUUCAUAGAAGAACAGGGCCGUGUGACAAUCCUGUUCAAACAGUUCAGCAACAUUCUUACGGCUGGCAGCCGUUUCAGUUCGAGCGACCAUAGAGACCACGUCUUUGCUUUUGUCGACCAUCCCGCAGCCUUUUCGAAGAAAGGCCACAAACGAAUUAUGGAAGCCGACUACUCACUACCUAAGAGCGAGGUUUUUAGGCGCAUUACGGUUACACUACUUCAUGAAAUGAGACGACUCGAUAUUUUGUCCGCAAUCGCACAUACAGAGUCUGUAGAUAUUGCAGAGAAUCCAUCGUGGGUGCCACAGUGGGACAACACGGCUCGGAGAAUACCCUACACCCCUCUCUCGGGAAAUCUACCCUACUUCGACGCAGACUUACAGGAAGGGAUGAGCACUUUUGAGCCCCCGAGUACCCUAGAAGCCACCGCAGAUCCUGAAAAAACUCUUCGUCUUGAGGGAUUGGUGAUAGGAACAGUCAAAGCGGUCUCCGCCGUCAUGCAUCGUGAGGAUUUUAAGAGAAAGACUGGAGAGACCAUGGAAGGCGGUUAUUCUACUAACCCUAUCGAAUCAGCGUGGGAACUCGCAAGCGCUCACAGCUCGCAAUAUCGAGACCCAAAGCGCGCCCUGGGGCUGACACUCGUAACGGGACGGGAUCAAUACUAUGAAGAAGCUGAGAAGGACCUCGAAAAGCAUGAGUUGGAGUUUGGAGCUUAUUGCCACAAAUACUGUAGCUCAGAAUCGGGGCUGGUAGGCAACACCAAGAGCGAUACAAAUAUCGACGUUAGAAGUUUUCUGACUGUCAGCCGCACUGUUUUACAGGGGACUAGAUUUUUCGUCACCUCAGACGGCCGUUAUGGUAUUGGACCCUCUUGGAUGAGGGUGAAUGAUGUCUAUUGCGUGCUCUUCGGUGGGAGUACCCCCUUUAUUCUUCGAAGGUGUGCUGGACUACCGGAGCAUAAAUUCAUCGGGGGUUCGUAUAUACAUGGCAUCAUGCACGGCGAGGCGAUUAUGGAAUGGAGAGAUGGGAAAUUAACGAAAGACUCGAUCGUAAUAGUCUAGUCAUAUGCUACGCUCUUCCUCAUCAACACGAUAGUUCUCUUCUAGACUUAUUACCACAACACCAUUUUGUGCCCCAUGUUGACUUAAGUGUGUUACGGAUUUACCAUUCCCACGGUCGCAGGUUGGGCAUAACGAAGGGGCCCAAUACAACACGGGAUCCCGUAUGAAUUACGUAGGCCUUAAUAGAAGAACUAGCAGUUAAGACAAUCUUAACUGCUACAACCGCCUAUAGCCAUUACC